AUGGACACCAUAGAGCUGGAUAACCUUAACCGACCGGAAGAAGCUGAAGGGGGUGAUGAGGGUGCUAUUGCUGAAACACCCCUCGACGAGGACGGCUCUCUUUCAGGACUAGAUGGACUAGACAAUGCAAAAACCUCCAGUUUCCGUGAGGAGAAUAAAGACGACUCCUUCAAAAAGAGAAAAAGACAGUUAGAUGAACUGAGAACAUACGGAAAAUUUGAUGACAUAAAGGUAGAAUAUGUUAGGAGGCUUUUUCAGACCGAGUACCGAAUAGAUCCAGCCGACGGACAAAACUCUAAGGAACUCGUCUCCAGUUUAGAUAUCACUAAAAACAAGUUAACAUUUAAUGGAGUCGAUGUCGCAUACAUUGAUACGGGUGGUGCAUAUAAUUUGUCUAAGGAUAAAAAAUCCUCCGGAUCUGUAAAGACAUUUUUAAAGCUGUACGCAGAAGCACUCAAAGAACACAGGGGAAAAGCAAAAAGUGUAAUCGAAGAGGAGACCGGAGGAGAAACAUCAAGGUCAGUCGAAGAAGAAAUUUACGAGAAUGCCGCGGAAGAAAUCCGCCAAGAAGUCACCGACACGGGCGACACCCUCGUGGAACAUGCAAGGAAGCUGUAUGAAAGGAGAAUAAUAACCAAAAAUGAAAGGAGAGAUCUUGCGGGAGUGACCGUACCCAAGGGACCCCGGAAGUUAGGAUCGCAGCACUGGAAAUAA